AUGGCUUUGCUUUUUUUUUUUUUAAAUUGCUUUUGCUUUUGUCCAAUGUUUUUGCAAAACUUGCAAAAAUUUUGCAAGUUUUGCAUUUUUUUGCUUGGCUUUGCCAUUUUUUUACUGGCCUUGCAGUUUUUUGCAGAGCCUUGCAGUAUUUUUGCCGUCCCAAAAAGUUCUCCUGAACAAAAAUUUUUUUAUGGAAAAAAAUUUUGAUAUAUUAAUGACAAUUAG